AUGUCAUUACCGUUCUUAACUUCUGCACCGGGAAAGGUUAUUAUUUUUGGUGAACACUCUGCUGUGUACAACAAGCCUGCCGUCGCUGCUAGUGUGUCUGCGUUGAGAACCUACCUGCUAAUAAGCGAGUCAUCUGCACCAGAUACUAUUGAAUUGGACUUCCCGGACAUUAGCUUUAAUCAUAAGUGGUCCAUCAAUGAUUUCAAUGCCAUCACCGAGGAUCAAGUAAACUCCCAAAAAUUGGCCAAGGCUCAACAAGCCACCGAUGGCUUGUCUCAGGAACUCGUUAGUCUUUUGGAUCCGUUGUUAGCUCAACUAUCCGAAUCCUUCCACUACCAUGCAGCGUUUUGUUUCCUGUAUAUGUUUGUUUGCCUAUGCCCCCAUGCCAAGAAUAUUAAGUUUUCUUUAAAGUCUACUUUACCCAUCGGUGCUGGGUUGGGCUCAAGCGCCUCUAUUUCUGUAUCACUGGCCUUAGCUAUGGCCUACUUGGGGGGGUUAAUAGGAUCUAAUGACUUGGAAAAGCUGUCAGAAAACGAUAAGCAUAUAGUGAAUCAAUGGGCCUUCAUAGGUGAAAAGUGUAUUCACGGUACCCCUUCAGGAAUAGAUAACGCUGUGGCCACUUAUGGUAAUGCCCUGCUAUUUGAAAAAGACUCACAUAAUGGAACAAUAAACACAAACAAUUUUAAGUUCUUAGAUGAUUUCCCAGCCAUUCCAAUGAUCCUAACCUAUACUAGAAUUCCAAGGUCUACAAAAGAUCUUGUUGCUCGCGUUCGUGUGUUGGUCACCGAGAAAUUUCCUGAAGUUAUGAAGCCAAUUCUAGAUGCCAUGGGUGAAUGUGCCCUACAAGGCUUAGAGAUCAUGACUAAGUUAAGUAAAUGUAAAGGCACCGAUGACGAGGCUGUAGAAACUAAUAAUGAACUGUAUGAACAACUAUUGGAAUUGAUAAGAAUAAAUCAUGGACUGCUUGUCUCAAUCGGUGUUUCUCAUCCUGGAUUAGAACUUAUUAAAAAUCUGAGCGAUGAUUUGAGAAUUGGCUCCACAAAACUUACCGGUGCUGGUGGCGGCGGUUGCUCUUUGACUUUGUUACGAAGAGACAUUACUCAAGAGCAAAUUGACAGCUUCAAAAAGAAAUUGCAAGAUGAUUUUAGUUACGAGACAUUUGAAACAGACUUGGGUGGGACUGGCUGCUGUUUGUUAAGCGCAAAAAAUUUGAAUAAAGAUCUUAAAAUCAAAUCCCUAGUAUUCCAAUUAUUUGAAAAUAAAACUACCACAAAGCAACAAAUUGACGAUCUAUUAUUGCCAGGAAACACGAAUUUACCAUGGACUUCAUAA